ACAGGAGGCGGAGUUUGACGUGGAUACGCCCCCGGCGCACGCGCGCUGGUCGGGCACGGCGGUCGCCGCGCGGGCCGAGUUGGCAGGGAGUAAACCUGGCACCAGUGCCUCCCAGUGCUGGGGUGUCAUCAUGGAAGGGCUGCUGACAAGAUGCCGAGCGCUGGCCACCUGCAGGCGCCAGCUCUCAGGGUCCGCUCCUCACAGGUUUCAGCAGGGCGCCCCAGGGAGAGGGAAGCACUUGCUGCUGUCCCUGUUCCAGCCCCAGAACCUUCGGGAAGACCAGGUGCUCUCUCUCGAGGGCAGACCUGGCGACCUGACCUGUAAGAGCCAGCGGCUGAUGCUGCAGGUGGGCCUGAUCCACCCGGCCAGCCCUGGCUGUUACCACCUCCUGCCUUACACCGUCCGCGCCAUGGAGAAGCUCGUGCGGGUGGUAGACCAGGAGAUGCAGGCCAUCGGGGGCCAGAAGGUCAACAUGCCCAGCCUCAGCCCAGCAGAGCUGUGGCGAGCCACCAGCCGGUGGGACUCAAUGGGCAAGGAGCUGCUCAGACUUAGAGACAGGCACGGCAAGGAGUACUGCUUGGGCCCAACUCACGAGGAAGCCAUCACGGCCCUGGUCGCCUCCCAGAAGACCCUGUCUUACAAGCAGCUCCCGGUCCUGCUGUACCAGGUGACGCGGAAGUUUCGGGAUGAGCCCAGGCCCCGCUUUGGUCUCCUCCGAGGCCGAGAGUUUUACAUGAAGGACAUGUACACCUUUGACUCCUCCCCCGAGGCCGCCCGGCGGACCUACAGCCUGGUGUGCGAUGCCUACGGCAGCCUCUUUGACAGGCUGGGGCUGCAGUGCCUGCAGGUCCAGGCAGACGUGGGCAGCAUCGGGGGCACGAUGUCUCACGAGUUCCAGCUGCCGGUGGACGUCGGGGAGGACCGGCUUGCGCUCUGUCCCCGCUGCAGCUUCUCGGCCAACGUGGAGACCCUGGACUUGGCACAGACGAACUGCCCUGCUUGCCAGGGACCACUGACCGAAACCAAAGGCAUCGAGGUGGGGCACACGUUUUACCUGGGCACCAAGUACUCCUCCAUCUUCAAUGCCCAGUUCACCAAUGUCCACGGCAAAGCAUCCCUGGCUGAAAUGGGGUGCUAUGGCUUGGGGGUGACCCGGAUCUUGGCCGCUGCCAUUGAAGUCCUCUCUGCAGAAGACUGCAUCCGCUGGCCCGGCCUCCUGGCCCCUUACCAAGUCUGCCUCAUCCCCCCUAAGAAGGGCAGCAAGGAGGAGGCAGCCGCAGAGCUCACAGGGCACCUGUACGACCACAUCACCGAGGCGGUGCCACAGCUCCGUGGGGAGGUCCUGCUGGAUGACAGGACCCAUCUGACCAUCGGGAACAGACUGAAAGAUGCUGACAAGCUCGGCUACCCCUUCGUGAUCAUCGCGGGCAAGAGGGCCCUGGACGAGCCUGCACAUUUUGAGGUUCGGUGCCAGAACACAGGCGAGGUGGUCUUCCUCACCAAGGGAGUCCUGGAAUUACUGAGCCAAGUGCAGGUGGCAUAAACACGCCCCCCUCAUAUCUCACCGCCUCAGUGUCCAUCCUAACGCUGCCUUACCCGCAGGAGCUGGUCUCCCCAGAAACAGGGCAGCUCAUGGAAGGUGAGACCCUGUGAGGGAAACCAGUUAUUCAGUCAUUUGUUCAGACGCUUUGUAUUUAAAGUUGUCACCUUGAGAAGUUCCCGUUGUGGCUCAGUGGUUCAUGAAUCCGACUAGGAACCAUGAGGUUGUGGGUUCGAUCCCUGGCCUCACUCAGUGGGUUGGGGAUCCGGUGUUGCCAUGAGCUAUAGUGUAGGUCGCAGACAUGGCUUGGAUCCCGAGUUGCUGUGGCUCUGGCAUAGGCCGGCAGCUGCAGCUCUUUUUGGACCCUUAGCCUGGGAACCUCCGUAUGCCGCGGCUGCCGCCCUAGAAAAGACCAAAAAAAUAAAGUUGCCACCUUGAUCCCUUUGUCUGCACUGGCCCUACUGCCACGUACCAUUCCUUUUGUAUUCCACUGUGGAAGCUUCUGUUGGAGGUGGAGUGGCUAGAAACAGCCAAGUUGUCAUCUUGGCCUUCAAGUGAGUCCCUUCCUGUCUCCCAGGAGAGGUUCCCAUGCAUCGGAUGCCGUGGCUGAGGAGCGAGGCUCCUGGAGCUCUGACAGUCUGACCACGGGCCUCUUGCAGCUUUCAGUCCAGAGAGGCGGCCUGCCAGCCCUCCUCCGUUGAGAAGAUGGGCUGAGAGUCUGGGUAGAAGAAUCAGGACACCUGGCCGCCCCUGACUCACUGAUGACUUGGACACGACCCCUCCCCUGCUGGGGCCCCGGUUUCCCCAUCUAUGCCAUGAGAAAAUGGAACUGGAUUUGUUAGUUCCUCGGGGCCGUGACUGGCAGAUCUGGUUCCUCUGGUCCUCCAUCAUUUAAGCUACCCAGAAAGUUAAUACACUUAGCUAGUGGCCCCCAAAUGACCUCCAGAGACCCGGCCCUAUUGAGGCGGUUUAGCCCGAAGAUCGUAUUAUAUUGGUUGAAUAAAGUCGAGCUGUUGGGAUGAG